AUUAUUACUAAAGACCCCUGCGUGUAGUCUUCUAUGGAGCCUGACCAGGAAAUUACUGGAUGGCUGACCAGUCUGCACCUGCCCCAAUAUGCCUCCAGCUUCGCCAGGGCUGGCUACCGUUGCUUUAAAGACCUUAGGAUCCUAACUGAGGAGAAGCUUUUUGAGGUCGACAAUAUUCCCACAGGACACCGGCGGAGGAUCCUAAGCAGCCUGGAGACCCUGAUGGUGGAAGUGGAUGGAGGUAAAGGUUCUAUGAAAGUACCCGCGAGGAGAAAGCCAAUCCCAAGACCUAGACAAGUGUUUCCCAAGGCUAAGAAGAGAGGCAUAUCUUGUCAGAAUUCUAAGGGCAGUACCGUUGGACAGUACAGUAACAUCCAGACGACAAAGCAAACUCUUCUUUCAGGGACUAGUGUUACAUGUUACACUGUUUCCUCCAGCUCUAGCUCCGCCUCUGAGCAUGGCAGCAGCGAAUCACUGGAGAGCUUUUCAGAAGAACCUAUUCCAGAUGAGAAUGAUGACUUUCCCUCAGAAGGAGCUUCUGUAGGGUUUCAGGGAAAAAUGGUUGAAAAUGAAAUAUAUGAGCAGUGCACCUUCAUUAAGGAACCCUCUGAGCUGAGUUCUACCCUCUCCUAUAAGCUACGACACAGGCCCAUUCCAGAGAUUCCCGAGCAUCCCUUCAAACCUCCUUAUGACUGGAAUGUGGCAGCAAAUAACAACAGUGACCAUCUCUCAAGGUCUGAGGGACACGUUUGCCCCACAGGCAGUAAGAAAGCAUCACUUCAAAGGACCUUGUCCCCCAUUGCCCCAUAUGGAGAGCUUUUUCUGUACAAUUCAGCAGAAAUAGAAAUGGAUUUGGGCAAUGAUGUAAUGUCCAGUCAAAGAGUAAAAGAGAACCUGGAACAACAGAAGUUAAGAAACAAGCAGACACAAAUAACAAGAAGCAAGACAAUAACACACAAUAACAAGAAGCAAGACCUUUCCAAGCAACAUUAUGUCGAUGAUGAUGAUGAUGAUUACUCCACUGUACAAGAAUCCACACUUAGUCAGCGUUUGGCUAAUGAAUGCUCUUUUAAACAUCCUACACCGUCUACUCUUCUCUCGAGCACUGGACCAUCAGCUUCAGCCCAGCCACAAUCAGUUGUACAAGACCUAUACAGUAGGGUGCAAGAUGACAUACCAGGCCUACUGAGACCAAACCUUCCUUCUCAAACAGAAGUUUCCAUUUCUCCCUAUGCCUGCUUCUAUGGGACCCAUACUGCAGCCACCAAAGCAGGCUGGCUAGACAAACUCUCCCCUCAAGGGAACUGUGUCUUUCAGAGAAGAUGGGUGAAGCUUGAAGGAGGAAAUCUCACUUACUACAACAGCGAUAAGGAGAUGUACUCGAAGGGCCUGAUACCUGUUUCAGCAGUUAAACAAGUUUGCGCUCUGGGUGAGAAUAAGUUUGAGGUGGUCACCUCUGUAAGAACCUUUGUGUUUCGGGCAGAGAAAGAAGGAGAGCGUCAGGAUUGGCUAGAGGUUCUCCAGUCUGCUUUGAGCUCCCAGUCCUCCAUUUCCCAUCAGCCUCGCAAAAAUAACACAAACAAGAGUGGCUACGUCGAGCUGCGUGGCCUUAAAGGAAGAGUCUACCUCAGCCUCAUGAGAACCAGCUUCAGACUCUGUAAAACAGACCAGUCUUUGCAUUUCUUGGGCAGAGAGCGUCAGGAUUGGCUAGAGGUUCUCCAGUCUGCUUUGAGCUCCCAGUCCUCCAUUUCCCAUCAGCCUCGCAAAAAUAACACAAACAAGAGUGGCUACGUCGAGCUGCGUGGCCUUAAAGGAAGAGUCUACCUCAGCCUCAUGAGAACCAGCUUCAGACUCUGUAAAACAGACCAGGACUUUAAUGCAGGGCUGGCCAUCACUGUGGUGGACCUGACGGCUGCGUGUGUGAAACAAGUUGAGAGGAAAGGAUUUGAGAUCACUACACCUUUCAAAUCCUUCUGUUUCACAGUGGAGUCGGAGCGUGAGAGAGAGGAAUGGAUAGAGGCAGUUCAAGAGUCCAUCGUAGAGACAUUGUGCAAUUAUGAGGUGCUUGAGAAGGUUUGGUUCAACAAGUCCAACAGGAAGUGCGCCGAUUGUCAGGCUCCUGAGCCGGAAUGGGCCUCUAUCAACCUGUGUGUGGUCAUCUGCAAGAAUUGUGCAGGUCAGCAUCGAUUCCUGGGUCCUGGUAUCUCAAAGGUCCGCAGUAUGAAGCUAGACAGCAGCAUAUGGACCAACGAGCUCAUUGAGCUGUUUUUAGAUGUUGGGAAUACAAAUUCCAACAGCUUCUGGGAAGCAAAUCUUCCCCCAGAGGAUAAGCUUUGCAAGCAGCCAUCGCCAGAGCAGCGUGCAUCCUUUAUCCGCAGGAAGUACAAUAAGAGGAAGUACAAGAAAGUUCUAGAAGGUCUAAACACUCAAGAGGAACUCAACAAGGUCUCUUGUCUGAUACUUUCGUUCAGCCUGAAGUUUCUACCUGAUACUUUCUACCUGAAGCAGUAG